AUGGUAGAUUUUCUUGACAAGUUAAAAAAAAUUGGUUUCGAUUACGCAACCACUUCCGGUAUUAGCAUUUCUCCUUUCGAGUUAGGAGAAGUGGUCAACAAAGAAAACCAUUUGGCUAGAAUGAACCCGAACGAAUUUUUCAUUUCGGUUUACGGAGCUAUCAAGGGAAUGAUUGACGUGGCUUUGAAAACGGCUAGUGCUGGCGACUUAGCCCGCCGACUAGCCGAAGCCAGCCAAAGCAUUAUUAUUACAGCCGAGGAUUGCCAAACUCGCAACAGUAUUCUCUGCCAAGAAAAUGACCCCGCAUUGUUGGCAGAAAAAAUAUACGGACGCUGUUUGGCUCAGGACCUCACUACUGAACAAAAUGGAGUCAUUCUGGCUCGCAAUACCUUCUUAUUUAAAAAGCAGAUACAAAUUAUCCAAACUAAGCAAAUAACCGCGGUGGAAGUGCGUUCGCCCCUGGGCUGCGAAUUAGAAUUGGGUAUUUGUCAAGCAUGCUACGGGUCCGAUUUAAGCCGACCUGGCGAAGCAAUUGCUCUCCACACCGCAGUGGGCAUUAUUGCCGCCCAAUCACUUAGCGAGCCCGGCACCCAAUUAACUAUGCGAACUUUCCACACGGGGGGCAUUGCGGCCGAGGAGGACGACAUUAUUCAAGGUUUAGACAAAGUUAAACAAAUAUUCGAUAAUGUCAAAAUUAAAGAACUAGAAAAAGCUAUUUUGGCUCGCAAUACCGGAGAAAUA